AUGACGGUCCUUUCACUACUCUCGCUUCCUUUCGUUGCGCUUUUCCUUUCAUUCUGGAGCUCCUCAGUCCUCGCAUCAUCAGACUAUCAUGAAAACCUACUCCUACACCCUCUACCGCAGUCCUCCCUGUUAGCUUCGUUCAACUUCCGAAGCAAUACAUCACAAAAAUCAUUCGAUCAACAGCACUUUAGAUAUUUACCCCGCGCACUUGGUCAGAUCCUACAGCAUGCCCACACCAAAGAGCUGCACCUUCGCUUUACAACGGGAAGAUGGGAUGCUGAAAGCUGGGGCCCACGACCAUGGAAUGGCAGCAAAGAAGGAGGCACAGGCGUGGAGCUUUGGGCUUGGAUCGAUGCGCCAGGGGACGAAGAGGCAUUCGCCAAAUGGAUUACACUGACGCAAUCCCUCUCCGGUUUAUUUUGUGCCUCCUUGAACUUUGUGGACUCAACACGGACGACCAGGCCUGUGGUCUCCUUUGAACCCUCCGGAGACCACUCUUCAGCCGACCAAUUGCACCUUUUGCACGGAACUCUUCCUGGAGAGGUAGUUUGCACAGAAAACCUGACUCCGUUCCUGAAGUUACUGCCGUGCAAAGGCAAGGCUGGAAUUUCUAGUCUUUUUGAUGGACAUAAAUUGUUCGAUGCUGCAUGGCAGAGUAUGUCAGUGGAUAUCCAGCCAGUCUGCUCCCCAAAGGGAGAGUGUGUGGUUCAGAUCGAGCAAACCGUGGAUAUGGUUCUGGAUAUUGACCGGUCUAAGCGCUCUCGCUCCAACCCGAUCCCCCGACCUGUGCCAAAUGACCAGCUAAUUUGUGAUACGUCUAAGCCUUACCACUCGAGUGAUACUUGCUAUCCUCUGGAAAAGAUGAAUGACAAGGCCUGGAGUCUGGCAGAAAUAUUCGGCCGAAGCCUAAACGGUAUUUGCCCUUUGGCAGAGGUAAACGAUUUGAGCGAGCAAAGUGUUUGUCUUCGUAUUCCCCACGAACGAGGUGUCUUCAUCUCCGAUGACGCCGUGGAGAUCAAGAAAGAGGACGGAUUCACACGUUGUUUCAAGGUACCGCCAACCACUUCAUUUGAUCUCGCAAUUCCCCAACAGCCAGUGAACGUUGAAGUCCCGUUGGAGGAGCCCGUCCUCCACGCGGAGCGAACGAUCGUUGGACAUGGCCAGGAGCGCGGUGGAAUGCGCAUCAUUUUCGGCAACCCCUCCAACACUAGUGCAGUUGACUUUAUCUACUUUGAAAGUCUUCCGUGGUUCCUGCGACCAUAUAUACAUACUUUGCAUGCGACAAUCACAGGCCAUGAUGGAGUUCCGCGCGAAGUUCCAGCAUCCCAAAUUGUUAAGGAGACCUACUAUCGCCCUGCCAUUGACCGUGAGCGCGGUACACAAUUGGAGCUGUCGAUGUCUGUUCCUGUUGCUUCCACCGUUACGCUGACCUACGACUUUGAAAAGGCCAUUCUUCGGUACACCGAGUACCCUCCAGAUGCCAAUCGUGGGUUUAAUGUUGCGCCUGCGGUCAUCCGGAUUCUGGACAAUGUUCACAAUGCACCAAUUUACAUUCGCUCUACCAGUCUCCUGCUUCAACUCCCGACCCCGGAUUUCAGCAUGCCAUAUAAUGUCAUUAUUCUCACCAGUACUGUCAUUGCACUUGCCUUUGGUACUAUUUUCAAUAUUCUAGUUCGGCGAGUGGUCUCUUUGGAUGAGGCUACUGCUCUAGGGGCUCAAACACUCAAGGGCCGAAUACUGGGCAAAUUGGUUGCCAUUCGGGAUAAGUUCCGUGGCAAGGACACCAAGGUUGAAUAA